AUGUAUAUAGGGGUAUUAUCUGAUGAAAUUGAUAAUGAUUUUGAUUUGAAGAAUGAUUCUAAAUUUGGAGGUGAUCCACUGUGGUUAUGUGGAAAAGAACCAAAAAAUAUUCAUUUGAAAUGUACCACAUGUAAAAAGGAUUUAAUGUUUUUAUUUCAAUUGUCAACAUCAUAUAACGAAUACAUAAGAGUAAUAUAUAUAUUUUGUUGUAUGAAUAAUGCUAAAUGUAACAUGGAUAAGAGGAAUUGGGUUUGUAUUAAAGCAAAAAAAAAGUUAUUAGAUAACUCUGAAAAUAAUGAAAUAGAAGAUAAUAAUUUAAAUAAGCUUGAAGUACGUUCAGAAAAAAAUAUAAAAAUGAAUAGUGUGUACAACUCUGUAUCCUUAAAUAGCAAGAAAGAAAACGAAAAGAAUAUGUUUAGUCUCUCUGGUGAAAAUACUAAAAAGGAAGAUACAAUUCUAGAAAAAAUAAAUUGUAGAGAAGAAAAACUAAUUGACUGGAAUUCCUUAUUUUCAAAUAAUAUCAAGGAUAAAAAAUCGAAUGUUUCUCUUUUUAGUAAUUCCAUAAAUCAAAGCUUAAACAACAUCAGUCAGAAAAAUAAAAAUGAUCACAAUACGAGCUUCAGUAAUGUGAAUGCAUAUGAAACUUACCAUAACGAAUAUUAUGAAUUAAUAAAUUCCAAGACUAUUUUUGAUAACAAAAAUGAAUUAAACAAAUGCGAUGCAACGAAUGAUGAAAAUAUAAAAAUUAUACAUAGUAAUAAUUUUAAACUUCCCAGCUAUUACAUAUGUUUAUUAGAAGAGGAUGAAGAAUAUGGCAAAGAUUAUUUAUAUGAAAAAGCUAAGAAAAUGCAUGAGGCAUAUGAGCGUAAUACGCAUAUUUUAGAACAGGAAGAACUCAUAAAUAAGGGAAAUGAUGACAUAGAUAAUAAUGAAGAAAGUUUUGAGAAUGAUUUUAAUGGAUGUGUAAAAUUUUAUUCAAGUUUAAGUAAAAAUUAUAACCAAAUUUUAAGAUAUUCAUACAAAGGUAAGUUUUUAUAUAUGUACAAGCAAACAAAGAAUUAUAUAAAGAAUAAAGAUAUGACAUGUAAACAUUGCAAAAGCAAGUUAGUGUUUGAAUUACAAUUGUUUUCUACUUUUAUAUACCAGAUAGAAAAAAAACUUGAAAAGAAAAAGAAUAAUUUUUUAAAAAAUAUUAUGAAUAAUUUUAGUGUAGGAAACAUAAUGAUAUUUACUUGUGAAAUGGACUGUGUUAAUAUAGAUGAUAAAUAUUCAUUUGAGCAUAUUGAACUGGAAAUUUUUUAG